AUGAUAUUUGAAGCGAUUCACAAGCAGUUCCCAAAUAAAGCCUCAGUGCGAGAAUUACCUUCAUUAUAUGAUGAUUUGAAACGUCGUUACGAACCAGAGGAUUCAUCAGUGGAAGACAAGUUGAUGGCUGGUUAUAUUGAUGGAACGGCGUACAGAUUCGGAAGUGCCGAAGAUCAAGAGAUGAUAAACAGUCAUCGGAAUAGUAAUCGGAAUAUGAGUAAGAACCGCAAGAGAGGCUAUUCGUUGAAUGCAUCGAAUUUGAUUUGUGGCGCAAAUUGUUUUCGAUUGAACAUGGAUGAACAGUCACGCAAGCAGUUGUCAACGAGCAACAAUAAAGAACUGAAUAUCAAAACUGAAAUGGGUACAGUGGAUGAUACGAGUGCCGCUUGCAACGAUCAAUGGACCAUCUCGCAGCAGUCGAUGUUUGUCGUUCUGAAACGAAUUUACAAAAAUGAUUUUUGCAAAAUAACAAAUUCAUUGAAUUGUAUCGACCCGGAUGCACCACGCAAAACGUGUGCGCAGGUGAAUUCUUUUAUUUUGUUUUAUUCAAUUAUUUGUUUAUUUGAAUAUUUAUUCAUUACUGAUGCAUUAGAUUUAGGUGUUAUAAACGGAGAAUUCUUUUUGGUGUUAUCUGUUUCUAAUUCAUUUCUGAAGAAAAUGUUCAUCUUUAGAUGA